AUGAGCCCAGACGAUUUUUCAUAUGAUAGAUGUCACAGCAUUGUGUCCCUUUUACAAGAUUCUCAAAAAGAAUUAGGUAAAAUCAUCGGCAAUGAUGAUAUCUACCAAUUGUUUUUUUCUUGUGAGAAGGCGAAGGACACCGAAAGCAGUGACAAAUUUAGUAAACCUAUGCUGUGGAUUGGGAUCUACAUUGCAGUGGCGUCUUUUUUCUGCAUCCUUGCCAUGGCUGCCGAUUUGUUGCAUGGUUUCUGGAAUAAAAAAAUUUGGUUUCCAUGUAAGUACUUCUCCCUUAAUGCGGCAUCCAUCACUGUGAUAACCGUCACAAUGAAAAUACAGGUCGAUCUUAGUAGUGGGAUGCUAAGUUACGAGGACCAAAUAACCAAGGUAGGAGGUUUGGCUUUCAUGUGCAUAAUGAUGGCCAACUUGAUGCCUUCGUUGGCGUCUAUGGACAACAAGACACUGCUAGCAAACAUAAUAGGUUUGUGUAUUUUUGUUAUCACCGUGAUUGUGAAUAUUUGCAUUCAGAUAAAUACUGGUGUUAUUAACGAUUAUCCUUUAGGCAGCGAAGGCGAUAGUUUUCACUUUAAGUUUGUUAUGGUUGCAUACAUCUAUAUGGCUAUUAUUUUCCUAUUACUAAUAAUGAUGAUUUCUUCAUCUGUAACAAUUCCAACCUCUAAGGAAAUUUUGGAAUCCAAGUAUCAAGCCACAAACAAAAUAUCUUUAACUCAUCAACGAUUACAACAUACCCAAAUGUCUAGAGUUGAGAAACUAAGACACCAUGUGAGAAGGUAUUGGGUCAUGGCAGAAACAAGCAGCCCUCAGUUUGGGAUGGCUAAUAACCCAUUAUCCACUGCUUCCGGUGUAAUUUGUGUAAUUGUUUUGGUCAUCAACUUGCCUCUGUUGAACAAGUAUCUGUUUAGCUUUAGCAGUAUUUACACACUACUGCAUUUUCUUACGAGCCUAGGCGGAUCGCCCUACAAGUGGUCAACAAUUGUCAUUUGUGAAACACAGUCCAUCGGAGUUGUGGUGGGGAGCGUUGCUCCUAUAUGUAGGUGUUUUUCAGUUUUCAGCUUCAAGUUGGGCACUAAAUGGAACAAGAACGAUUUCAUGUUUUUUAAAGUAGAGAAGUACUGGACCCAAAAGUUGCAUGAGUGGAAACAAAGCCCUGUAACUUUUCUACCAAGCAGUCGAAGAUUAAGAAGUCUAAUCUAUAAUUCAAAAGGUAUCAUUCUAAGCCUUUGCAUUGGAAUUCAAAAGGCGACUGUCAUAUUGUGCAAGGUUACAUGGCUUUUAGUGAUAGUUGCUUCAAUAUUUGUGGUAAGUUGUUUUUAUCGUUGGAAUUCUUUGAAGGCAAGGUGGUUUGCUCCGCCCAUCGCCUCAAGAACAGGCGACAUAGAUGAAGAUCUCAGCAAUUAUGUCUUACAAAUCGACAAUGAGAGAGAGCUUGCUGAAAAAACACUGAAGGGCAUUACAAAAUCCGUGAAUUCUUUUAUAUCUAAGGCUGAGAAGGAACAAAGCAUCAAUCUUUUAGAGCUUCUCGAGAAAUCUACCGGAUUCGAAGGAGUAGAGAUCUUUGACAGUCUUCAUGUUCAACCUUUGUUUCCUGCUGAACUUGUCAAUAGUUGGAGCUUACCAAUAGUAACCUUAACAUGCCUUGCUGUUGCUCUCCCAAAUAUUCAUCACGACGAAGCUGAGAGCUUGUUAACAAGUGUUGCUGAAGGUCUUUCAGUCACCCAUCUGGUGGAAGAAAGCCUCAAUACGGCAAAUGAUUAUGUAAAUAUGCGGAAGACGACUCUGAUCUUAUGGCAUGAGGUCGAAAACAGUUGCAAGUGGUUGGACAAUCCUCUAAAAAGAAAUGCCUUUAAAGGGCAAACAACAACAGAGAUUAUUAAAUGGUUUUCUGAUCAAGCUAAAGAAAUUGUCAUACGAAGUAACGAAUAUAGCAAUGGAGACAUGGUGGAGAACCCACCUACGAUGUUGAUUGCUGCCAAUUCAAUGUACCGAGUCACACAAACGAUCUUGCUAAGAUUUCCAUGCAACAUAGAACCAAUUACCAACAAGCAGUUGUUUGACCAUUUAAAUGGCAUGAUCGCAGACAUAUUCUCUGCUUGCUUCACCAACAUACCGCGAGUCAUAAGAAUGAGAUGCCACGAAAGUGUGAUAGAGAAAAGAGAGGCAAGUGUGAAGGUUGCAGCAAAGCUUCUUGGUAAGACUACAAAGAUAAUAGAAAGACUAGAGACUCGUGACGUUCCAACCAUAGAGGAAGACAAGAAGGCAUAUCUUGAUGAGUGGCGCCUUUACUUUCAGCAAUCUAUCCCUUAA